CUUGAUUGAAGAUUUAGGGUUCGUGUCCAUGUUCAGCAUGAGAAAGCUGGUAAUAUUAGCAGCUUUGGUCUCGGCUCUACACGUGGCCAGCCUCCUAACAGACACUGAUGUGAUAUAUAAGUGCCAAGAAGAUCAGGACAACAUUGCUACAUUAGCAGCCGAGCGGUUCAUUAAUGACCAUCACCACCAUGGAUACAAAUUCAAAUUUGUCUCACUGGACAGUCGCAGUGCAGAUAAGAAGACUGAUCUUUGUGAGGUCAUCUUCGGAAUAACUCUAGAAGAAACUGAAUGCCACAUUGUGAAUCCCAAACCUUUAGAUCAGUGUAACACUAGAAUGGAAACAGAGACGAAAGUGACAGCAAAAUGUAAUGUGACCGUGUUAAGUUUUGAGGGAAAAGCAAUUGUGGCGUGCUACAUCUGUGACACCAAACCAGAUUCACAUGAAAUACUUGUGACAAAAUGCCCUGACUGCCCCAUUCUACUGCCAUUGAAUGACCCGAAUGGUCUAGAGAGUGUGAAAACUGCACUGCAGAAAUUCAACAAAGAAUCUAACCACGAGUCUUACUUUAAACUGUUGGAAGUGGGAAGGAUCAGCACAAAGUGGAUGCUUUCAGGUCAAGGCUUCUUUGCACAGUUCGCCAUUACGGAGACAAACUGUCCAAAAACGGUGGACUACCAGAAACAAAAAGCAUGCAAGGCUUUGUGUGGAGUUAAAGCUGUAAGUGCAAAUGUUCAUUACUUAUGUCAGACUAGUGGAAAGAAAACAUCCAAAAUACACAUUGUUUGUUGUAAUACUCAAGUGUUUAUUUUAUUACACUAUUUGUGUCUGUAGAAUUCAACAAUACCA